AUGCACGGCAGGUGGAAUGCAGACAAGCCGUUCAUGAACUCCCUGACCAUUCACAGGUGGAAGGCGCGCUUCCCCUUUUGGCCUCCUCCGGAUGCUUCACCGGUCACCCCCAUCGAACCGUGGGGAAAGCAGUUCUUCGUCUACAACGCCCCAGAAAACACCGAACUUCAUGGCGAUCCCCGUGCACCUUCUGAAGAAGGCGUGAGACCAGCAUGGCUGCGUGACGAGGACGCCGCCUCAAUGCUGCGGGAGGACGAGGAUUUGUCCCGCAUCGGGCCAAAGCCAAAGCCGCAACUGCUCGCAGCGCGAAGGGCAGCGCACGAGAAGAUGAAGCCCGGGCCCGAGACGCUUCUUUGUGCCACCGACUUCCGACAGCGGCCUCAACUCUUCCUCCGCCACGAGGAGUGGCGAGCGCUGCUGGAGGAGCUGCCUCGGCUUAGGGAAGAGCUCCGCCAGCGACAAGCCGAGGUAGAUGCGCUGGACGAGAAAGGCCAGCACAUGAAGGAUUAUCUGCUCCGGCGGAAGUAUGUGGUGGACAAGUAUGCCGAACGCAGGAUCGGUAUUACUGGCUACGGAGAUGCCAAGCACAAUGGCCCCUACUUCACCGGCAAGAUGCAGAUUCGGGCCGAGAAGGCGGUGGCGGAUCCGGGCGCGGGAGAAGAAGAGGAGUUGCUCUGGGAGGCCACAGAGAAGUCCAUGAAGAAGAACGCGCCAGGUGCCGGUAAGGUUGCUGCCUUCAUCAAGAAGGUUCUGAGCGAAGCUGGUGACAAGUCCUUCGACCAGGGACUUGCCCCCGCAGCGGAGUGCGCCACUUUGGCAAACAACGGGAAUGCUGCUCCAGGUGACCUCUUUAGCCUACUCCAAAGUAUCAUAGCUAAGAGCUACGGGACAGAGAUGGCUGUCCACAGCCUUGCAAUCACCACGUUCAACCUACUUCCCCGAGUAGGCGAAGCGGCAGCCAAGGCCGCCAAGGCGCUGCCUCUGCUGGCAGCGAGGGCCUUCUCCGAGGCCUCGACUGAGGUUCCCCUUUGGACACGCACUGCGGCAGACGGUGGACGGCUGGAGGAGGAGGACGCUGCAGCCAGGGCGUGGUCUGAGGCUGUGACUGUAGCCUUCCAACGAUGCGACGAGCAGCUCGGGGAGGAGCCAACUUCUGCGGUUCUUUGCAUCAUCGCGAGGAGUGGAACCUAUAUUGCAAGCGUCGGCAUUGCUCGCUGUGUUCUCGGAACGGAGACGGACGAGGGCGAAACUGUCUAUUGCGAUGAGGUGUCUGUGCCGCAUGACGCCAGCAACGACGCCGAGCGUGCGCGGGUGAAGGAUGCAGGAGCGAGAGCCGUGCCCUACGUGCUCCGCUUCCUGGGUGGCAGGGCGCACAAAGCCUCACAUCCAGGUGUCAUCGGCCUUCCCGAUGUUGUUCGAGCCCCGCACCCGCCCGACGGGCGCAGUUUCCUGCUGCUCGGCACAUCGAACCUCUGGUCACAGGGCCCACGUCUUCCUGUGCAGUGGGCCGUCGAAGCCUUCAGAGAAGGCAGAUGUCCUGCAUCCGAGUGGAUUCGACGCGCUGGCGACGCAGGUGACGAUGUUGCAGCCAUGGUGUUGGUGCUGCCUCCCGGCCUUGCAGACGAGGCGGUCGGGGAGAUUGUAGAAAUUCCGCAGUUUAUCAACGGUGCACAGAACUGUGCCUUAGACGCCGAAGCCAAUGGAGUGAGAGAUAAACUGAGACAGCCCAUUGCCAAAGCACGCGGAUGCUACGUGAUGUCGGCUCUGCCAAAAAGCUCCCUUGAAACCCUCAGUGGAUGGCAGGUCAUGGAGGAGUACAAGCACAAGCUCAGAGAGAUCGACUCCGCUGCCGCCGCUCUUGAGGAAGCCCAGGAGAACCAGGCAGCCGCUGCAAGGAAAGAAGUACAGCAGGCAGCGGACGACAUCAAAGACCUCACCCAGCAGGAAGAGGAGGCAGUACAGCAGCUUUCCAGUGUCCGUGCUGAGAAGCUGAAGGCGAGCGCUCUUAUCGACGAGAAGCGUAGGCAUCAGCAGGAGGUCGAGAGCAUGAUCAAGAUGGUGCAGGUCAUGCAGAAGACCACGUCGCGGGUCAAGGAAAUUGAGAAAGAGAAGGAGAAGGCCUCGGCUCUUCUGAAGGCCUCGGAGCAGCAGAAGAAAGAGGCCAUUCAGGCCACCAAAAAAGCCAUUGCAGAAGUCAAUGCUGCAAAAGGGAAGGGGAAAGGUGCCAAGAAGCGAACGUCCGGGGCCUCGACGAAAUCGCCGCCGUCCACGGCGAAGCGAUCGCCGGCCACCGCAAAGCGCAUUCCUCCUGAUGAGGCAGAGACAGUGCCUGUCAACAUGCAGGAUGAGGGCGAGGACGUCGACUAG